UCAAUACGAUUUUUCGAGAUUCAACAGAAAGUGAACUUGACUUUGCGGCAGCGAGCGAACAGUGGACACUUGUUGCUCCGAUUGCUUGUAACACACUUGGACAAAACGUACGUUACUAUAACACUGGACUUUGGUACACUCUCAAAUUGCAAACGUGUCAUCGCACCUUGCUUAAACAUUAUUCAAGUAUCAAACCAAACUCGUUAGCUUACAGACAUUUCAAUCUGUUUGUGUCAAACAUUUUUAUCAAAUUGAAAAAUAUAAUGCAGGCGGGUGUGGUAAAUUCUUACGAUUUUAAGUUGGUUGAAGAAUUGGCAAAAAGUAAACAUCGGAAAUGCUACGAUGGAUUUAUUCAAUACGGCACAGCAGGAUUUCGUAUGAAAGCCAAUGUUCUUGAUCAUGUUGUAUUUCGAAUGGGAUUGUUAACAGCUUUAAGAUCCCAAUUUAAAAAAGCUACUAUUGGAUUGAUGAUAACAGCAAGUCAUAAUCCAGAAGAGGAUAAUGGUGUUAAACUUGUCGAUCCAAGUGGAGAAAUGCUAGAAUCGUCUUGGGAAAAAAUUGCCACACAAUUAGCUAAUGUAGAAGAUGUGGAAGUUUGUGACACAUUAAGACAAAUAAUUAAAGAAAAAAAUAUUGAUACAAAUUUUUCAGCAUCUGUUAUCAUAGGAAGAGAUACUCGAAAUAGUAGUUACGCUUUAUCUCAAGCUGCUAUAAAUGGAGCUAAAGCUAUGAACGGAACUAUCCAAAAUCUUGAAAUUGUAACCACUCCUCAGCUUCAUUUUAUGGUAGUUUGCACAAAUACCAACGGAGUUUAUGGGAAUCCAUCUAUUGAUGGAUAUUAUGAAAAAAUAAGUAAAGCUUUCCAGACUGUUGCUAAAAAUAUAGAAUGCAAUAAUAGUUUAUACAUACCCAAAAUUCAGUUUGACGCAGCUAAUGGAGUUGGUGGAAUUGCCAUCCAAGAAUUUAAAAAACGCUUGAAUGGUGUUUUAGAAAUUGAUAUUUAUAAUAAUGGAAACGGGCAACUGAAUUAUAUGUGUGGUGCAGACUUUGUGAAAGUACAACAAAAACCACCAAAAAAUGUACCAUUGAAUCCUGGCAUGAGGUGUGUUAGUGUUGAUGGAGAUGCUGACAGAGUUAUUUAUUAUUAUACAGAUGAAAAAAAUGAUUUCCAUAUAUUAGAUGGAGAUAAAAUAGCAACCCUAAUCGCUGGAUAUUUUAAGGAAUUACUUUUAGAAAGUAAUUUGAGUUUACAGCUUGGCCUCGUACAAACAGCUUAUGCUAAUGGAGCUUCAACAGAAUAUAUUUCUGAAAUUCUGAAAGUUCCUGUUGCAUGUGUAUCUACUGGUGUGAAACAUUUACAUCAUAAAGCUUUAGAUUUUGACAUUGGAGUUUACUUUGAAGCUAAUGGUCAUGGUACUGUUGUCUUUAAAAAAACAGCAAUUGAAAAAAUUCAAUCAACUGCAAAAGAAACAAAUAUUCCAAGAUCACAACAAAAAGCUGCUCAAAAGUUAAAUUAUCUAAUCAACGUAAUAAAUCAAACUGUUGGAGAUGCAAUUAGUGACAUGCUGUUAAUUGAAUUGAUUUUGCGUUCAAAAAAGUGGGAUAUUGUUGCAUGGGAAAAGAGUUAUAUAGACCUUCCUAAUAAACAAGUGAAAAUAACCGUGAAAGAUAGAAGUAAUAUUGUUACAACUGAUGCAGAGAGAAAAUGUGUUAAACCAGAGGGUCUUCAAGAUCAAAUUGAUAAAAUAGUAGAAAAGUAUAAAAAAGGAAGAUCUUUUGUGAGGCCAUCUGGAACUGAAGAUGUUGUACGAGUAUACGCAGAGUGUGAUAGUUCUUGCAAUGUAGAAAAUUUAGCUGCAGAGGUAUCCCUCGCUGUAUAUGAACUGGCAGGUGGGGUUGGAGACAAACCGACAAAGCCGCAAUAAGAUGAAAAUUUCAUAAUAAAUGAUUCAAUUAUUUGUUCAAUUACUCCUAUUGUUGAGUCUCAUUGUUAACAAUUAUUAUUUAUGUGUUUUAAAUUAUUUCUAACUGUAAACACAAAUUUUGAUACAUUCUUUACAACUUUUAUUGUAAUUAUACAUUUCUUGUAUGAAAAUUAAAUAGUAAUUUGAUAAUAAAUAUAAUUUC